AUGAGUCAAGUUUUAGAGAUGUCGAUAGCGGCAUCUGGCGCACUUGUUACGCCUGAAAUUAAAGCAUUAACUAUCAAUGAGCCAGAGGACUGCACAGACAAGAAGGAAACUCCAUCGUCUGACGAAGUUUCGUCAACUCAUCGUUCUUUGCCAGAGCCAUAUUAUAUCGAAAAUGGUUUGCGAAGAGUUGCUCCCUACCAUUUCACCUACAAAACCUGGUGUAAACAGCGAUGGAGAGGCAGAAAACUUAUAGACGUAUUCGAAAGCGAGUUUAGAGAUCGCCCACUAGCAUAUUAUAAGAACGCCAUGGAAACUGGCCAAAUAUGCGUCAACGGCAAACCGACUAGUCCGGAUCAUAUCCUCGUCAAUGGAGAGCUAGUAUCGCAUACAAUACAUCGCCACGAGCCUCCUGUCACGGCAGAUUCUAUAGGAAUUCUUCACGAGGAUGAUGACAUGAUUGUCAUCAAUAAGCCUUCUGGUAUACCAGUUCACCCUGCGGGACGAUAUAAUCUUAACUCGGUCAUCGAAAUUAUGAAGGCUGAAAGGGGCCCCGAAUGGAUCGCAUAUACCUGCAACAGGCUCGACAGGUUAACCAGCGGAAUCAUGUUCGUUGCGAAGAAUCCCAAGGCUGCGGACCGUCUGGGCGAACAGAUUAAGCAGAGAACCGUGCGAAAAGAAUACGUCGCUAGGGUUAUUGGCAAUUUUCCAGAUGAGGAAGUAGUGUGCAAUCAACCCUUACUUCAGAUAUCCCCCAAACUUGGGUUGAACCGAGUACGAGCAACUGGGAAAACAGCUCGGACAGUCUUCAAGAAACUCGCAUAUUACCCUCCAAAUGAGCCUCAACGACGGGGAGGGGAUGAAGGCUCUCCAACGACAGAAGAUAUCGUUGCAGAGAAGAGCAAGCCCUGGCUACGAAAGGAGGGGUACUCGAUCGUGCGAUGUCUUCCGGUUACUGGUAGAACUCAUCAAAUCCGCGUUCAUCUUCAGCAUUUGGGAUAUCCUAUUCAAAAUGAUCCGAUUUAUGCUAAUCAAAAGGUUUGGGGGUUCAACCUUGGUUAUAAUGACCCCGAGGCCGUUGAAAAUACGGAUGAUGAUAUUAUCACGCGCCUCAACCGCAUGGGGAAAGAAGAUGUCGCAGAUGCUGUCGCUUACCAUGAUGAGAUGGUAGACCAGUACUACAAGAGGAAAGCAGAGAAGAUGUCUGGUGAACUUUGUGCGGUCUGCGACACGCCGUUAUAUACAGAUCCCGGGCUGCAAGAACUCUCGCUUUGGCUGCAUAGUCUACGAUAUGAAGAUGCAGGCGGCGAUUGGAGUUAUGUUAGUCCCCUCCCUGGCUGGGCUCUCCCCCCAUCUGGUAUGUCGGGACCUACAGAAGUAGGAGGCAUGGAAGAGUUGGUAUCAGCAGUGAAAGACGUCAAUCCCGAAAUAGCAUAG